AUGGAUCUCUAUAAAAAACUCGAACAAUAUAGAGCAUCCAUCUAAAUGGAUGGCAAUAUGUCUGAUGUCUCCUGAUAUCAUCAGGGAGUUGGCUUUACUAUUAAUUCUGAUGAGCCAAACUUUGAAAUAGCAAAGCUAAAUUAUCUGGUGUAUUACCAUUUCAAGGGCUAGUUUCAUCAACAUUUAUUGGUGAAACUAACUUCAGGAGACAUCAGGCAUAUAAUAAUCCACUUAUGUAAAUGCGUUAUACAUAUUUGAAGGAGAAAUGUAUCAAGCAGCCAUGUACGACCUUCAAAACAAAGCAUCCCUCAGCAUGAUCGAAAAACAAAAAUUAAAAAAAGCAUACAGCCAAGGCUGGUGGCUUGGAAAUUUAAUUCAAUGUUCAAUCUUAAUAGGCUCAAUGAUGCUUAUGGAUAAAAAAUUAGCAAAAUUUACCAGAGAAAAAAAAGCAGCAUUUUAUAUUGUAGGAAUUGGGAUGUAUUAUUUCGCCUUCAUACUGACAAAAUCAUUCGGAUGGCAUCAUAGCUUUUCACAAGUUGAACCAAUAGUUAGACAAUAUGUCGAAGAGGCAACUCCAGAGGAGAUAGCAAAACUCCAAGGAGAAAUACCAAAAUCAAUUAAAACUUUGAUUUCAAAGAAAAAUGAUAGCAAAGAGAGUCAAAAAGAAUAA